AUGCUCAUCAAUAGCUUGAGCUUCUUCAGGAGUCACUGGACAGUCUGGAGUGUACUUGGAGUAACCUACAGGCAGAUCAAAUGGAUGCAGCCCUACAUAGUCUAUAGUCUCGUGGUUAAUCUGUUGGUAACCGUUUGGUAUCCACUGCAUCUGGGCUUAAUGCUCUUUAAAAACACAAGCCUUACGGAUGAUAUCUUGAACCUAACAACAUUUGCCACCUGCUUGGCCUGCUCGCUUAAGUUUUCCAUUUACGCUUAUAACUUUGACAAAGUCCAGCGAAUGGAGCACCUGUUAAGCCAACUGGACUUGCGAGUCAAGAGUGCGGCAGAGAAAGUCAUCUACAGUCAGUUGAGAACCCAGCUGAGAAACAUUCUGUUCGUCUUCAUUGGCAUCUAUCUGCCUGUCGGUGUUUUUGCCGAAUUGGCAUUUAUUUUCAAGGAUGAGCCUGCUCUCAUGUAUCCGGCCUGGUUUCCUUUCGAUUGUGUCAAUUCCACACGAAACUUCUACAUUGCCCACGUAUAUCAGAUUGUGGGAAUUGGUUACCAAUUGAUGCAGAACUAUGUGAGUGAUUGUUUUCCGGCCGUAGUCUUAUGUCUGAUCUCGGCUCACAUAAAAAUGCUCUACGUGCGCUUCGAGCAGGUGGGCGUGGAUGAUGCCGAGGACGCUGAGUAUCAGCUGGAGACAUGCAUAACCGAUCACAAGCGUUUGUUGGAACUAUUUCAGACAAUCGAGUCCUUCAUGUCGCUGCCCAUGCUCAUUCAGUUUGCUGUGACUGGGCUAAACGUCUGCAUUAGCAUUGCGGGACUUCUCUUUUUUGUGACCGAGCCCAUGACUCGAGCAUAUUUCUUCUUCUACGCAAUGUCCAUGCCGCUGGAAAUCUUUCCCAUCUGCUACUACGGCACAGACAGUGAGCUCUGGUUUGGAAAUCUGCACUAUUCGGCAUUCAGCUGCAAUUGGACAGCGCAGCAUCGGAGUUUUAAAAAGAAGCUGAUGUUGUUUGUGGAGCGCUCACUGAAAGGGAGCACUGCGCUCGCUGGUGGCAUGCUACGCAUUCAUGUGGACACGUUUUUCUCAACUCUCAAAUUCGCCUACUCACUAUUCACCAUAAUAAUACGCAUGCGAAACCCGAGUCAGAACAUUGAGCCGUUCACCAUGCUCAUCAAUAGCUUAAGUUUCUUUAAAAGCCACUGGAAUGUCUGGAAACUAGUUGGAUUGACCUUCAGGCAGACCAAAUGGACAGAACUGUACAUCGUCUAUAGUCUCAUGCUAAAUUUGUUGGUCAGCAUCGGUUUUCCGCUGCAUCUGGGAUUAUCGAUUUUUAGAAACCAGAACCUCUCGGAUGAUGUCUUGAACCUAACGACCUUUGCCACCAGCAUGGCCUGUUCCCUAAAGACCGCUAUAUACGCCUACAACCUUGAUAAGGUGAAGCAAAUGGAGCAACUGCUGAGUCAGCUGGACAUGCGGAUCAAGAGUGCGGCAGAGAAAAGCAUCUACAUAAAGCUGAAAACCCAGCUGAGAAACAUUCUUUAUGUUUUCAUUGGCAUCUAUCUGCCUGCUGGAGUUUUUGCCGAUUUGGCUUUUAUAUUCAAGGCAGAGCGAAGUCUCAUGUAUCCUGGCUGGUUUCCAUUUGAUUGGCUCAACUCAACGCGCAACUUCUAUAUCGCCAGCGCGUUUCAGAUUGCAGGUGUUAGCUUUCAGCUGACGCAGAACUAUGCGAACGACUGCUUUCCCGCCGUAAUGUUGUGCCUGAUCUCAGCUCACAUAAAGAUGCUCUACGUGCGCUUCGAGCAGGUGGGAGAGGAUGAUGCUAAGGAUGCUGAGGAUCAGCUGGAGGCAUGCAUAACCGAUCACAAGCGUUUGCUGGAGUGGGUAACAUCUCGAAAGCAUCUCUGCAGUAUUUUAUUGACUUUGCUCGUUUGCAGACUGUUUCGCAUCAUUGAAUCCUUUAUGUCGCUGCCCAUGCUCAUUCAGUUCGCGGUGACUGGGCUGAAUAUAUGUACUAGCAUUGCGGGGCUGCUAUUUUUUGUUACCGAGCCGAUGACACUCACAUAUCUCAUAUUUUAUUCGCUGGGUGUUCCGCUGCAAAUCUUUCCCACCUGCUACUAUGGCACAGACAUCGAGCUCUGGUUUGGCAAGUUGCACUAUGCGGCCUUCAGUUGCAAUUGGCUGGCACAGAGUCGAAGUUUCAAGAAGAAGCUGAUGCUUUUCGUGGAGCGCUCACUGAAGCGCACCGCACCCUUGGCUGGUGGGAUGCUAACCAUUCACGUGAGCACCUUCUUCUCCACACUCAAGUUCGCCUACUCGCUGUUCACCAUCCUGAUUCGCAUGCGAAACUAA